AGUGACUAGGUCAAUAAUACUAGGGUUGAAGGUGGACUUCAUAUUCGUGGGCGGUGGAAAGCCAAGACGCCAAGACCGGAACGGAGGAGCUUUGAAUCGGAAGCUGAAUUGCAGGAGAGAAUGACAGAGAAGAAGCCAGUUCUUGGACUUUCAUGGGAGCCAAAGCUACCUCCCCUCUCUUCUGCAACCGUAAAACUGUCUGAUAACAAUCACAAUUUCCCAGAUAGCACUUCACUCUAUAAACCAGACAAGGACCUCGUUGAUGGGCUCUUCGUCCCUCCCAACAAUCCCAGAAAGCUGAACAAGCUCCUUCGGAAGCAACUCAAAGAUACAUCUGGCAAAAAUUGGUUUGACAUGCCAGCCCCAACCAUGACCUCGGAGUUGAAGAAGGAGCUUCAGUUAUUGAAUUUAAGAGACGUGAUUGAUCCGAAGAGACACUACAAGAAAGGUGUUUCAAAAUCGAAAGUGCUCCCGAAAUACUUUCAGGUGGGAACAGUGAUAGAGUCAGCGUCAGAUUUCUUCUCUGAUAGAUUGACCAAGAAGGAGAGGAAGGCAACCUUUGCAGACACAUUGCUUUCUGACCAAACACUUGGUCAAUACAGGAAGCGCAAGGUUCGAGAUAUUGAAGAGCAAAACCGUCCUGGUGGAAAUGAGAAAUGGAAGAUAAGGGGACGGCAGUCAUGGAAGCGUGCAAAGCAAAGAAGACACUAAAACAUUUGGUUUGUGUAGUUAUCCUUGAGAAGAAUCAGAGACCGUCUUUGCUAUGGGGACAGAGUGAUAGGAUUUUAUGGUUUUGUAGUUACCAUUAGCCCUGCAAUGCAUGUGGGAAAAAUGCUUAACAAAAGCAAGAUGAAAAUCCUCUGACAAAAUGCCAUAAGUUUUGAGGGACUGUUAAGGAAACCUAACAAUGGCCUAAGCAUUUUGUAGACUGCGUCAAAACUGCGAAAGCAACACACUUCUUCAAUUCCUUCAGCAGGACAUGAAGAAUUCUAUACGAAACUCAAAACACCCUGAGAUGCAAAUGUGUUGGGACAUAUCUGUAUGCAAGAAAAUUAAAGAAGUAGAAUGAAUAAUAAUUAUGCUCUUACUGCUUAGAGAGUAGAAACUUUUUUUUUUUUUUUUUUCUCUUUUCAAAGUGAUCACUUCAUGGAAAAACAGAUUCUAAAGAGUUGUGCUUCCAUUCCCAAUUCCUAUAUAUUUUAGUAUUCAAAAAAAUGUCCUAUUGGGGAUUGGGGUAGUGUGCACCGGCUAUUAACCGGUUCAUUAUCUAAGCCGUUGGAUCUUAUGAUUUAUAUCUAAUUAUGAUUUAUAUCUAACGGUUCUUAGUUUACGUAACAAAUUUCAAUAUUUUAAAUUAAAGUUGUUCUUAUCUUGUUCAGCUUAUCUCUCACUUUUCUCUCUCUAACAACAAUGGGUUCUUGACCUGGUAAAGAUGAAAGAGACUAUUGAAUUAGAGAUUGAGGAAUAAUGCCAACUUCAACUUACAAACCUAGGAUUUGGAAUCAAAACCAUUUGAUUUUGAGAGAGAAAGUACAAACAGAAGAGAGGAAACCUAAACCAAAACCUAAACAACGAGAGGAAAUUUAUUCUAAUUUGAUGAGAGAAACCGUGCCUGGGUGAUUGGCGCGAACCGUCGUCACAUAAGUUUUGUGUCGGUUCGACAGGAGGGUCUCCAAUAUCAUCCUUUGUCGAUCACAGUCUUUGCCCCAGUUGUCUUUUUGCAGCAAAUACUUGAGGAGCUUUGAUUAGAUGGAAUCAGCAAUGGAGAUGGCGAGAAGAAAGCCAAUGAUUUUUAGUUUGUUGAGAGAGAGUACAAGGAGGGCUUAAGGAGUCAGAUCUUGUUCUGUUGUAUUUUUUAUGAUAGAGAUACCGAUCUUAUUCUUGACCUUAACCGUCUCUUUGCAGUAAAUAGUUGAUGAGCUUUGAUCAAAUGGAAUCACCAAGGGAGAUGGUGAGAAGAAAGGAAAGGAUUUAGUUUGAUGAGAGACGGAGGACAAAGAGAAUGAGUCAGUUUUUUCUAUUGUAUUUUUGAUGAGAAAGUUAAGAGUACAAAGAGGAGUCAGAUUAAUUGACCAUCAGAUCAUUCUUUAAAGAUCCAAUGGUUCACAGAGUGAACCGAUUAUUAACCUG